UUCUUACUUAGCCUUAACAAAAAAAAUAAGAAACAUAGCCAAAAUUUCAUUAUCUUAUACACAUAUAAAGUAUAAACCUAUAUCGUGUUAGCAAUUAAGAUGGUAUCGGAGCGAAACCCAUGUUCAAACCACGUUUGUGUCAUCGGUGCAGGUCCAUCCGGACUCGUGGCAGCAAGAGAACUGAGAAAAGAAGGUCAUACUCCAAUAGUUUUGGAACAAAACUAUGAUAUAGGAGGGCAAUGGUUGUAUGAACCAAGAGUUGAAAAUGAACAUCCAUUGGGGAAGAAUGAUACCCUUAAAGUUCAUAGUAGUAUGUAUGCUUCUCUGAGACUAACUUCACCAAGAGAAAUUAUGGGUUUUAGUGAUUUCCCGUUCUUGAUUAAAAAAGGUAGAGAUAUGAGAAGGUUUCCUGGUCAUAAAGAACUACUCUUGUAUUUAAGAGAUUUUGUCGAGUGGUUUAAAUUAAGAGAUAUGAUUAGAUUCAAUACUAAAGUUGAAUACGUGGGUAUGUUAGAUUUUGUUAAAUUUGGUAAAGAAAAAUGGAUUGUUAGAUCAAAAGACAUGCGCGACGAGAAAUCCAUUGAAGAAGUUUUUGAUGCUGUUAUUGUAGCUACUGGUCAUUACUCUCAACCAAGGUUGCCAAACAUUAAAGGAAUGGAUUCAUGGAGAAGGAAGCAAAUGCAUAGUCAUAUUUAUAGGAUUCCUGAUCCAUUUCGCAAUGAGGUCGUUGUGGUUGUGGGAAACUCAUUAAGCGGAACAGAUAUAUCAAUGGAACUAGUUGGUGUUGCAAAAGAAAUUCAUCUUAGUGCCAAAUCUCUUGAAAUCACUGAGGGUUUAUCCAAAGUUCUUUCUAAACAUAAAAAACACUUACUCCUCCAUCCACAGGUAGAGUCCCUUCGAGAAGAUGGACGAGUUUUGUUCGUUGAUGGUUCUUGGGUCAUGGCUGAUUCAAUAAUUUAUUGCACAGGGUACUCUUAUUCGUUCCCGUUUCUUGACACUAAAGGAAUGGUGGUCAUAGAUGAUGAUCGAGUAGGACCUUUAUUUGAACACACUUUUCCUCCUUCACUUGCUCCUUCUCUCUCUUUUGUUGGCAUUCCUAGAAAGAUUAUAGGGUUUCCUUUCUUUGAAUCUCAAGCAAAAUGGAUAGCUCAAGUAUUGUCUGGCAAAAGAACAUUGCCAUCAUGGGAAGAUAUGAUGGAAUCCAUUAAAGUGUUUUAUAAAUCAAGGGAUAUUGAAGGAAUACCAAAACAUAAUACUCAUGAUAUUUGUAGCUUUGAGUAUUGUGAGAAAUAUGGAGAUUACUGUGAUUUCCCACAUUUGGAAGAAUGGCGGAAAGAACUUUGUUUGGCAGCUCUAAAAAACUCAUUUGCAAACUUGGAAACAUAUCGCGAUUCUUGGAAUGACGAUGAACUAGUUCAAGAAGCUCAUCAUAGUCCUCAUUUCACCCAACUUGGACCUGAAGCAUUUGAUAUGUAAUCGAAAAUUCCUGACAAUUUGUUUUCCAUUUUUUUUAGACGCUUCACAAUUUCGAAUUUCAUUUGUGUCUUUUGGGUGUAUUUAAGGAUAAACUAUCAAGUAUUCAUCAAGUUGAAUGCUAAUGAAAAAUUUGAUU